UCUUUUAAAUAUACACGUGAAAGACCCGAUCCUUUCAUUUCACUAGUAUGGGAAAAUAAAACAGGUUUGCGCUUUGCGUGGUGCUCCAACAAUGAAAACGGGAAAUAAGCAAUAACAAAAUCAAGAUGGUGCUGGAAAGUACGAUCGUUUGUGUUGACAACAGUGACUUCAUGCGCAAUGGAGACUUCGUCCCGACCCGAUUACAAGCACAGCAAGAUGCUGUCAACUUGGUUUGUCUCUCCAAAACAAGAUCCAACCCGGAAAACAACGUGGGUCUGUUGCAGAUGUCGAGUGUGGAAGUACUCGUUACCUUAACGACCGACGUGGGUCGUAUUCUUGCUCGACUUCAUCAAUUACAGCCGAAGGGAGUGAUCAGUUUCAUCACAGCUGUCAGAGUAGCUCAUCUGGCACUGAAGCACAGACAAGGUCGUAAUCACAAACUGAAGAUUGUUGUCUUUGUUGGGAGUCCAGUUGAUGAUGAUGACAAAGAGCUUGUGAAAGUAGCCAAGAAACUAAAGAAGGAAAAAGUAUCCGUGGAUGUUAUUAACUUUGGUGAAGAGACUGUUAAUACUGACAAGCUGACCAGUUUCAUAAAUACUGUCAAUGGCAAAGAUGGAUCCACUUCACAUCUUGUAACCGUUCCACCUGGACCGAUGCUCUCGGAUGCCCUGCUCAGCUCCCCGGUUAUCGUGGGUGAGGAUGGAGGUGGAGCGGGAAUGAGUGCUGUGGGAUUCGAAUUCGGCGUCGAUCCCAAUGAAGAUCCUGAGUUGGCCUUGGCUCUACGUGUGUCGAUGGAGGAGCAGAGAGCACGACAAGAGAAGGACGCUCGAGACACGGCACAGUCAGUCAUGGAAAUUAGCACCCCUGUUCAAGAAGUGGGCAAUGUGGACGAUGCUCUACUGGAACAAGCGAUGGCCCAGUCUGUCCAGCUUGAUGAUUCAUCAAUGGAGCCGACACCCAUCCCAGAUUUAUCAUCCAUGUCAGAGGAAGAUCAGAUAGCCUAUGCCAUGAGGCUCUCCAUGGAUCCAGACUCAAGUCCAGAUGAAGCAACACCAGGUCCAAUGGAAGUUGAUUUACAACAGGAGGACAAAGCCAAGAAAGCUGAUAAAAAGCCAGAAGAAAUGGAGGAUUUCUUGGAAGUUGUGAAUGAUCCGGAGUUUUUACAAAGUGUGCUUGAAAGUUUACCUGGGGUCGAUCCACACAGUGAAGCCAUUCAGAAUGCCGUUAGUGCACUCACACAGAAGGAUAGUUCAAAACAGGUUGACAAGAAGAAAGAUUCAAAAGAUAAAGAUGCUAAAUAAUGUGUAGAUGAAUGCUGUUCCUUUUUACUGCUACUUGUGGCAGUGUCUUUGAACGUUGCUUGACUGUCAGUCUAUACAUAAUGCUAGCCUCUACUUUAAUACAACUGAAAUGGUGUAAAAUUGACAGAAGUUCACAUAUUGAAGACAAUUUUCAGUAUAAUAUAUUAAAAACUAUUAAAUCUUUUGUCUAAUAAUACACAUUUAUGUUUGUGAACAAACACUUUUGGUUUUUGUCUGAAUAUGUUUUCUUUUUGCAUCUGUGGGUUGUAAUUUGAGAAUGUUAGAGAAUGUAAGAAAUAAAUACAGUAUUUGAGAUGCACAUAUUGUUUAUUUAUAGAACAGUGUAUGUAACUGAUGUUGUCAGUUACACAAGGCCAAAGUAUAAUAAAAUGAACAUUGAGGUGAA